GUAGUCUUUGUAGAUCCCGCAACUCGAAGAAGCAUAAACCAAUACCCCCCUGCAAGUCGAGCCCCUCAUAUUCAUACCAGAAAUUUUCAUACAAUACAAUACUCAAACACGCAAGAAACAUGGUGGAGAUGAAGUUUCUUGGGAUGGAUUUUAGUUGUGCGUUGGGAUCGCUGGGCAAUGGUGAAUUCCCAGAGAAAGAUUGUUUGCUUCCCUUAAUAUCCAAGCUAUUGGGUUACUGCAUCGUUGCCGCUUCUACCACAGUCAAACUCCCACAGAUACUAAAAAUUUUGAAACACAGAAGUAUCAGAGGGCUUAGUGUGUUAUCGUUUGAACUUGAGGUUGUCGGUUAUACCAUUGCUUUGGCAUACUGUCUGCACAAAGGGCUUCCUUUUUCAGCAUAUGGAGAGUUGGCGUUCCUUUUGAUUCAAGCCAUAAUCCUUGUAGCUAUCAUCUACUAUUUUUCUCAACCACUGGGAACCAAGACCUGGAUCAGAGCAUUACUAUACUGUGGGGUGGCACCAACGAUCUUGGCUGGUCAAAUUGAUCCCCUUCUUUUUGAAGCUCUAUACGCUUCCCAACAUGCAAUCUUCUUCUUUGCGAGGAUUCCACAGAUUUGGGCAAACUUCAAGAACAAGAGUACCGGGGAGCUUAGCUUUCUCACCUCUUUAAUGAAUUUUGGAGGUUCUAUGGUGCGAGUCUUCACCAGCAUCCAGGAAAAGGCACCAUUGAGCGUGGUUUUGGGCUCUGUGAUUGGCAUUAUGACGAACGGUACAAUCCUAAGUCAAAUUAUGAUAUACCAAAAACCACCUGCAAAGAAGGAAAAGAAAGCCGACUAGAGUACUGUGCUCAAUACCAGAAGGUUUGUACUACAGAUACAGAGACUUCCUUUUCUUGGCAAAUUAAGUUUGUUGCAUUAUUAGAACUGCAAAGAGGAAAUCAUGGUCGUUGUUCCUACAAUGAUUUGUAGGGUUUCAUGGUCGAAUUCUUCAUUUCCGUACAAUUUACUGUUGCUAAUCAAGUUAACAAUCUACAAAUCAAUACUAUAUUAUAGGGAAUUUAGAAUAGAUAUCUUAAUGCUCAUAGAGCCUAGUUCUGCCCACUGUAGUUAUUUGAUUUAGAUUAUCUCACUACAUGGAGAAGUGAACUUAGUGCAGUAAAAUUCAAUUACAAGUGGGCUGAUCGGGACUCUAUCGUUUCAUGGACGAUCUGCAUUACAAAUCGUUUCAUCGGACUGAGAAAUAUCGUAAUUCAGCUUUUCCGUUU